ACCGACAGUCCAACUCAUUUAGAUGGGGCAGACCCUAGCUGCAAGUUAGAUCCGGCGGCCGCCACAUGUUUUUUCUCUCUCUCAGAAACUGAGUCGCUAACGCCAUCCCGCAUUUGCUUGAACUCUACCAAGUGGACAGGGUGGAGGCAGCAGCUGUUGUGGUGGUGCUUGUUUUUCUACAGAUCAGCGGUGGUUUGUGUUAAUAGGUAUUACUUUGAAUAUGAGUUCAAACGGCAGGAGUCGAAGUAGGAGCAGGAGCAGAAGCCCUUUGGAUCGUAAGAUCCGUACUCAACGCUUUUCCCAUCGGGACGCACCAUACAGGAGAGAGUCGCGUCAGGGUUUCAGCCAGAGCAAUCUAUGCAAUAACUGUGGAAGGCCAGGUCAUUAUGCUAAAGAAUGCUUCAGCAUAUCAGUUUGUCACAAUUGCGGUCUUCCUGGGCAUUUUGCAUCAGAAUGCACUACAAAAUCACUAUGUUGGAACUGUCGAGAACCUGGUCACAUGGCCGGCAAUUGCCCAAAUGAGGGCAUUUGCCACACCUGUGGCAAGGCGGGACACCGUGCUAGAGACUGCACAGCUCCUCAACUGCCACCUGGUGACCUAAGGCUGUGCAACAACUGCUUCAAGCAAGGCCAUAUAGCUGCGGACUGUACAAAUGAAAAGGCAUGCAAGAACUGCAGGAAGACCGGUCACCUGGCACGUGACUGUCAGAAUGAUCCCGUCUGCAACUUGUGUAAUAUAUCUGGUCAUGUGGCCAGGGAAUGCCCAAAGACCAAUAUUGUCGAACACAGGGGAAUGGGAGGUGGAGGUCGUGGUGGUGGUGGUGGUUUUUUCCGGGACAUUGUAUGUCGGAACUGCCAGCAGGUGGGUCACAUGAGCCGAGAUUGCAUGACCUUGAUGAUCUGUCACAAUUGUGGAGGCAGAGGACACCAGGCAUACGAGUGUCCAUCUGGAAGGUUUAUGGACCGUUUUCCAAGGAGAUACUGAUGGCUGAAACAGUUGGCUAAGACUAUCUUGAAUGGUAAUAUUAUUACUUAUUCCGCUUUUUUGUUGAGAUUAUUGAUUCUGUUUUUGGAAUGAUUAAAGAUUGAAACUUGAUAGGCAUCGAGUUGUUUUAUUACUUGGCGUAUGCUGUAUGAGAUUUGGAGCAUUAUUGUUUAAAAGUUGAUAUGGUCUGGAUGUAUUUGAAGUAGGGUAUAUUCGAAUGUUGCAGGCGUAUUGUACCUUUGAAGACAUUGACAGAGGUGUGUCACUCGGAUUUGGAUUGAGCUUGGUUAAUUUUUUGGGAUCUAUAUCAAGAGCAGGCUAAGCUCUGUUUACUUUUCUUGCACUCUAUUUAUGCCACCGUAAGGCUAUCAUAAACAAACUCUAGGUGGGAGCCUUUGAUCAAUGGUUGAACUGAGAAGUUUUUGGCUCGGAUGAGUGCUUUUUUCCUCAGAGCUUAUUGAUGGACGUGAUAAGCUGUUUCGAGACACAAUCUUUGAUACCGAAAGUGAAAUGGUAUUUAGAAAACAUGGUUGACAGGGUUUGCCUUGUGACACUGGCAAAAGCUGCCCUCUUUGUGCUCGCCAAUGUUUUUUGU